UCCGCAGAGUGACCUGCUUUGCUUUGCUUUGCUCCAGCUCCAGACCCAAGGACUUCAUCAUGAGACUGCUCCUGUGCCUCUGCCUCGCUCUGGCCCUAGUGCUGGCAGAUAAAGACAAAGACAAAGGCCAUGGUCAUGGGCAUGGGAAGCCGGACCACCCUCCAGCUCACGGACGAGGGAACAAACCGGAUCACCCCCCUGGACACACUGAGGGGCACAGCCAUGGUCUUGGGCAUGAAAAGCACGACCACAAGCACCACGAGGAAGGAGACAGCCACGGGCCUGGAGAUGAGAAGCACGACCACAAGCAGCAUGAGGGUGAUUUUGAUCGGUGCAAAGGUCUUGAGAUGGAUGCAGUCACAGUGAACGAGGAGGGCGUGCCAUACUUUUUCAAGGCUGACCACCUGUACAAGGGCUUCCAUGGGGAGGCGGAGCUAGCCAAUGAGACCUUCGCAGAGAUGGACGAUGACCACCACCUGGGCCACGUGGACGCAGCCUUCCACAUGCAGCACGAAGGCAGCCCCGAUGAUGACCAUAUUUACUUCUUCCUGGACAACAAAGUGUUCAGUUAUUACCAGCACAAACUGGUGGAGGGUUUCCCCAAAGACAUCUCCGAGGUGUUCGGCGGGAUCCCUGACCACCUGGAAGCCGCUGUGGAGUGCCCCAAACCCGAGUGUGAUGAGGAGUCUGUUAUCUUCUUCAAAGGACACGAAAUCUAUCACUACAAUCUAAAGACUAAAGUUGUGGAGAAGAAAGAGUUUGCAAGUAUGCCCAACUGCACCUCUGCCUUCCGCUUCAUGGAACAUUACUUCUGUUUCCAUGGACACCAGUUCUCCAAGUUUGACCCCAAAACUGGAGAGGUCCACGGCAAGUACCCUAAACCAGUCCAUGGGUACUUUGCAAGGUGUGCCAAGUUCGGUGAGGAGGAUGACCACCUGGAGAGAGAGAAGUGCAGCAGAGUUCACCUGGACGCCAUCACCUCCGACCACGAAGGAAACAUGUUCGCUUUCAGAAAUCACCACCUCCUCCAUAAAGACGGCAGCAAUGACAACAUUACCGUGGAGAACAUCGAGAACGACUUCAAAGAGCUGCACAGCGACGUGGACGCGGUGUUUUCAUAUGACGAUCAUCUCUACAUGAUCAAGGAUGACCACGUGCAUGUGUACACAGACGCAGAGCCCCACGUUCACGUGGACGGUUACCCUAAAACAGUGAAGGAAGAGCUGGGUUUGGACGGACAUGUGGACGCAGCCUUUGUCUGUGAGGACCACCACAUCGCUCACAUCAUCCAGGGCGAUAAGAUUGUGGACGUUGACCUUAAGGCUAGCCCACGCGUGCCCACAAACGAGCGCCCCCUGUCUCUGUUUAAGAAGGUCGACGCUGCCAUGUGCGGACCCAACGGGAUCAAGGUCAUCGUGGGGAACCAUUUCUACCAUUUCGACAGUGUUAUGCUAAUGGUAGCCAGUAGAGCUCUGCCCAUACAACAACGCGUCUCCACUGAGCUGUUCGGAUGUGACCACUAAUGCAAAACUCCAGUUCAACGCCAUUCAAAUAACAUUGAAAAUAUAACAGCAAUAAGAUUAAACAAUACAAAUAUAUGUUAGAUCUAUUUUGUUACCUCAUAAUGUAGUCCACCGGCCCUCCGCAGAUGUCCAUAGGUUUGUGUUGUGAAUAAAAAUGAAUGGAAACAGAAAA